CGUCUUUCUCGGCUCUAUUCUCGCGCUCCCAGACGCAAUCCUUUCUACUAGGUACGCCGGCGCUAUACAGGUAGUGCUUGAACAAGGUGAACUCCACAGAAUAAGUCACAGACACAGGGUUCUAGCCCACGAUCUUGGAAUUCACAUGGAAUUCUGCUGACCAGUUAAUAGAACGCUGCCCCAUCAUAUCCUUAUCUCCCACCGAUACCUAUCACAACCACGUUGGCCUUGGUUACCCCGAGAAACCUUAGAACAUUACGUCUAGGUGCUCGGCUGAACAUCCUGAAUCUUUACCCCAUGAUUACGAUAACAACAACAACAACCUGUAUUUCAGUCAGUGAUUCCUUGUACGGUGGAUAUCAUCAUGGGAACGACCUCCGUGCGUCGCAACCUCUUUCACCAUCAUCUCAGUAGACGCCCAGGUUCGGCCGUUCCUUCAAGCUCCUCUGCGCCGAACAACGCUACACACGGGGACGGAGCUCCGGUCUUAACCACGCAUAUGGCACCAUCGAUGUCCUCAGAGUCCGCCUCAUCCCUGAGUUCCGGCGCCGUCGAUAACGGGGAAAUAGUGGUCCGGGACAAGAACGGCAGCUACAAGCUCGACAUCCCGGUCCUCCCUUCUUUGAUCAGCGAAGACGGUGUUGAAAUGGAGGGUCUAGAAGGAGUCGGCGUUCAGAGUGGCUCACGAGCUGCAACAGUCAAUACUGCAAAUCAAUCCGAUAUUUCAGGACGGGAGAAAGAGAAAAUCGAAACGACUCUACUUGAAAUGUAUCGGAACAAAAACAGGCGCAUGAGUAGUGAACCAGCCGAAAUUCUGAUUCUCAUUCAGCAGAGCCUUCGCAACAAAGUCGCCGCCUUAGAUGAAGACAAUUGGAUGUACGAACCCGAAGUUGAUUCCAACGUUUAAAGCAUGCCCCUGUGGAUACAGGUCUAUCAACAUUUAUUAAUACGCAAGGUUGA